ACAGCAGCUACUACUGCUGAAGAAAAGGCAAAGCUACGGGAAGAGAGAGAUCUCAUUAGAGCUGAGAUUGAGCAACAACAUCAGGUCUUGCAGGCCAGAGAACAGGAAAAACGACGGAUGGAGGAUGAUUUGGCUGAGCUGAGAAGCGCCGUCGAAGAACGCAAACUUGUGGGUCGUGUCAACGGCUACAGUGAUGGGGAUACGAGUGGGCGAGCUAGCUUCAGGUCUACAGCUGUUGGAGAAGAAGAACAAGAAGCUACGACACUUAUUCAAAUCACUACCUAA